AUGCUGAAGAACACCUGCUACAGAGCUAUAGCAUCCAGAAACCUACAUAGAAGCAUCUGUACUAUUCCAAGACUUUCUUUUGUCGCUGUCCGCCUAGUACCAAACCAACGUUCCAAUGCACGCACAAGCAUUGUCCAACGACUACACUACUCCCAGACCUCUACUAACAAACCUAUCGAUCCAAAUGAGCUGAAUAAGAUGCCAUCUCAUCUUUACGAAGAAAAAGCGGAGGAAUUUUUAAACUCUCUGCUGGACAAGCUGGAGGAACUCGCUGAACAGCACCCGGAAGCCGUUUCCGACGUCGAAUAUUCUCAAGGAGUUCUCACCAUAGUCGCUCCUAACGUUGGAACUUAUGUAGUCAACAAGCAGCCACCUAACAAGCAGAUAUGGCUUUCAUCGCCCAUAUCUGGCCCUAAUCGGUACAAUUAUUACGAAGAUGAGUGGCUUUCUCUACGGGAUUCAACAAAUCUACGUUCAAUUCUGGCAGAGGAGCUUUCCAAAUCGAUAAAGGGUCACAAAAUAGUAUUGUAA